AUGGCCGCAUCCAGCGGGAAGACGAGGAUAGCAGACUUAGCCACGUUGAGCGACAGAUGGACAGAAUCUAACCACGUGGACAAGGUGUUCAUAUGCGUUUGCAGCUUCGCAUACAGCUCUGGCAAAGAUGGUGCCGAAGCGAAGAACGCGAUGUCGUCGGCAUACGUCAUGGUGAGGACGUCAGGGUCAGAAGGGAGAGAGCUCAUGAGAAUGUUAAACACUUUCAUAGCCGGUCUUCGAGAUCAGCGCAUUCGGGCGAAGCUGGUACUGGAGAAAAACCUUACCGUUGACAUAGCACUACGACUUGCCGAAAGCAGCCUAGCAGCUGAAGCUGGAUCUCGUGACCUGGACAUCUCAUUCGCUGGAAACGUUGGAAAGGUUUUUCUACCACCAAAACAGAAUACAGUUAAGUGCUUUCGUUGUGGGAACCACAACCAUGACGCUGGUAACUGUCGGUUCCGCAAUGAGUCGUGUCACGAAUGUGGCAAGCGAGGGCACAUCGCCAGUAUGUGCCAUCAAAGAGGGCGUACAUCGCAGAAGCCAAGGAACAAAUCUGCUUCAGCGAGAAAAGUCCAAUCUGUCACGAUCUCCAAUGUCUUCUCCGUGGACGAGAAUGACGGAAGAUUCAUUACAUGCCGGAUAUCGGGCUACAAGGUUUCUCUUCAGGUCGAUACAGGGUCCAAAGCAACGCUGUUGAACAAAGCGACUUGGGAAAUGCUAGGUAUGCCAGAACUUCUGCCAGUGCAGCACCGCCUGCAGUGCUUCGAUGAAAAACCGAUCAACGUCUUUGGAAGAGCACAACUGGAUGUCUGCUGGAAGGAACACAGUUUUAAGUUGGAAGCAAUUUUCACGGAAGCUAAUGCGAUCAACAUCAUGGGCAGAACUUGGAUAUCCGCUCUUCUGCUCGACUUGAACAAGCUGUUCGUUUGCGUCACGGAAAGUUCCCCGGUCUUGGGAAGUAGCCUCCAAGAACUGGUGACGAAGUACCCAGCUGUAUUCCGAGACGGUCUUGGAAGAUGUACAAAAACGAAAGUUCAGAGCUCAAACCUGACAGCCAGCCCAAGUUCUUCAAAGCACGACCAAUACCAUUCUCUAUCCGUACGGCUGUAG